AGCGCGCGUCCACAUGUCCAGAAGCGUGCGUGUUUGGGGAGCAGGAGGCGGCAGGAGCCCCACGGGCAGUUUGAUGGAGAGGCUGUCCGUGUACGUGGGCAGGAAGAGACAGCUGGAGAGACACAACCAGGAGCUGGAGGAGGAGAUCACGGAGAUCUUAACCAGGAGGGAAACUCCUGAGGAGCGUGACUGGGAGGAGGUGCAGAAACCGCUGGAUGGUCUCAGGACCAAGGUCAGAGAGGUGACUUUGGAAAAUAACAAGCUCCUGCUUCAAGUUGACAGCAUCAAACAGGCCACUGCAGACCUUAAGACAAAGCUGGAGGUUGAGCAGCAGGUGCAAUGGAUGAUCGAACAAGACCUAGUGGGUUUGAAGAAGAACAUAGAUGAAAUCAAGCUGAACCGCUCACACCUGCACAAACAGAUUGAGUUUGUGAAGGAGGAGACGCUUCACUUCAAGAAAGAGCACAAACAUGAGGUUGAUAAGCUGCAUGAGAAGAUCAAGGACUUCCAUGUGAAGGUGGAAGUGGAUUCUCAGGAUUCCGGCCUCAACAAGACCCACGUCCAGUGUGACAGACUGGUUAAGAAGAACAUGAAGGAAGGUGAUGAUUGGUACCAGAAGAAGCUUGACACCAUCAAAGCGGAGGUGGCACAAAACACAGAGGCCUUGCAGUUUGGACAGAUGGAGCUCAACAGUCUUCUCAGAGACAAACGUCAUGUGGAGAUUAUGAUCCGGGCCAAGCUCAGCACGAUCUGUUUUCUGGAAGAAAAACUAAAGGAUGUCAAAGGGGAGUACAAUCACAAAUUGGUACAAGCCAACCAGAUUAUUCUGGGUUUAGAGGGAGAGUUAAAGCAGGUGAGGAUGCAGAUGGAUUACCGGAUGAAUGACUACCACCUCCUGAACGACACGAUGAUGCUGGAGAAGGGCAUCAGCAGCUACCAGGAACUGAUGCAGGGCAUAACCACUGAUACAAACAGUUCGCAGUUGGCUUCAGAGGCUCUGCACAGUGGCCAGCACAAGAGUGAUCACAAGGUGACACAGGAGGAGGUCCCUACUGAGGAAGAAAACACUUAAUCCAGCAAAAACCAGCAAGUGCAGGAUGGAGGCCUCUAUGAAGCUGAGAUGGUUGCCGUUAGCACAGUAGAGUCCAUCACGAUAAGCAACGAUCCCAAAACCAGGAAGAGUUCAUCGUCUUCCAACUCAUCCUCCUCUGACAAUGAAGAUAAAAAGCAAAACAAGGAAGUCCCAGACGUUUGAGCUUGUCCCGUCUCCUCUCCAUCACCUGAACGAGUAUUUGCCCAACCUGUGCCGUUAAAUUGAAGUUGUAUUGCUGUACUCAUACAUCAAUGGAAUAAAUUUGUUUUCAUGU